ACAUUGUUCAAAUGUCAUAAUCAAAUAAAAAUAAGAAAUUUGCCUGGUCCUAAAAUGCCAAAGGCAAAGAAAUCGGCAACAAAAGCCAAAUUAAGAAAAACUCAACAUGAUUUAUUACAAUCUUGCAGAUUGUGUGGGAUAAUAGGUGGAAAUCGGGUUCCUAUCAUUCAGGAAACAAUGACAAUAGGCGAUGAUACUUGCAUAGAUGAAAGUAAUGAAAUACAAAUUAACAAAAAAAUUCAAGACUGUUUAUCCAUUGAGGUAAAAUAUGGAGAUAAUUUGCCACCACUUAUUUGUGUUAUUUGCUUAAACAAAUUGAAUGAUUUCUAUGAAUUCCGAAUUAUGUGUUCUGAAACUAAUAUAAGACUACACAAGGCUUUGGGUAUAUCUAUAGAUAAACCACAGCCUGUUGGAAUGGUUGUUUCUACUGGAACUGCGGACAAUCAGUUAGAUUGCAUUCUUGGUGUAGCAGGACCAGUAUUUUUUCAACCAUCUUCAUCUACAAAUAAAGAAGUUAACAAAAAAAUAACACCAAUAAAAAAAGAAAGUAAAAUUAAAUAUAAAGCACCUGAAGCAAAUGAUGAAGAUGAUGACAAGCCACUAAUAAAGAGAGUUAAGGUUAAAAAUGAAAUUCUUGGGCCAAUUUUAGAAGUCAAACCCCCUAAUAAACGAGAACGCAAUAGGAAUAGGAAAUUGGCAGUGCUUGAAAAAUUUUUCAUUAAAAAGAAACUGGCUUUAAGAAAUAAAUCGAUCAUGGCCUCUAAUCAAGCUGAACCGGUUGCAAAAAAAAUAAAGAAAAAGAAACUGCCUUUUAAUUGCAAGGUGUGUUCAGAAAGAUUUGCUUCUCCAAAUAUUCUAAAAACUCAUCAGUUACAAUCCCAUGUUCCAAAUAUAUAUAAAUUUGGAUGCAUACCUUGCAGGGAAGGCUUCCCAACUGUAGAAGACAGAACAAAACACCAUAAUUGGCACAAACAAAUUUAG